AUGAGUGAAUAUCCACAUCAGAUCGAGUACUCCAAGUCUGGCCGCUCGUCUUGUAAGACAUGCAAGGGCACUAUCCAACAGGACACACUUCGUGUUGGACUCGAGACAAAGAGUCGUGUGUUUGAUGGUUAUGAUGUGUCUUGGUAUCAUCUUAAGUGCUACCGCUUCGACAAGGUCAACUUUAUCAAACAGCUCAAGCACUUUGAGUUGCUCCGCUGGGAGGACUACAUCAAGGUGCGCGAGAUCAUUGGUGAUGCCUCGCCAAUCAACAAUGCCUUGGAGUUGCAAAACUACAACAAUGAUGUGUGGAAGAUCAAGGAUGGACUUGCCGAGCUCAAGCCAAUCCAGAUCAAGAAGAUAUACACCGAGAACUAUACCUUGGAGAACUUGUCUCCAGCAUAUGUACUCCACUCUGUCGCCGAUGGCAUGGCCUAUGGUCGCAUCGGUCCAUGUCCAACUUGCAAUGACCUCACAGUCCAAUACGAUGGCAACAACUACUAUUGCAAGGGAUGGGUGACCUCUUAUACCAAGUGUGAUUGGAAUGGAAAAGACAUCAAGAGGUACAGAUUCAAGAUUCCAAAGAUACCUGGAUCAGCCUUCCUGUCCUCUUUCCAGUUCUCCCACGCUCACCCAUUCGCUGAGCUCACAGACUACACGCCACCAAACAUCAAGAGUGGAGUAGCCUCCCCCACAUCAACUGCUGACCCAACCUCACCCGUCCCCUCGUCUGUUUCAGAUACGCCAAUCAUCAAGAAGGACAAGCCAAGAGAGGGCUCGGUCUACCUCCAGGUCGAUCCAGACUUUGGCAAGGGUGAUAUUCAGAUGGAGUACAAUGACAAGUUUGGCUACACUGCCUACAAUGUGUCAUUGAUCUUUGCAGAUAUGGUCACUGGAGGCAACAGCUUCUACAAGAUGCAACUGGUCAAGAAAAGCGCCAAGUUCUACCUGUUCAGGAAGUGGGGUCGUAUCGGCACAUCAAUUGGUGGCGUCACCGAUGCUGUCUACUCCACUCUGGCCGAUGCAUUGAAGGAGUUCAAGUUCCACUUCCAAGACAAGACCGGAUACUCCUGGGAGGAUCGUGGACAGAACCUCAAGAUGCCCGGCAAGUACUACAUGGUCGAGCUGGAGGACGAGGAGCACGACAAUGGUGCGUCAGACAACUUUGUCGACGAUACGGCUGCCCUCUCAAACGCACCAACCUCGCUACCCCAGGAGACUCAAGAACUUAUGCGCAUCAUCUACAACUUUGGCCACAUUGCCGAGAAACUCAAGUCGAUGAAGGUCAACUUGGACAAGAUGCCUCUUGGAAAGAUCUCACAGCGACAAAUCAAGUCUGCCUACGCCGUACUCACAGAGAUCCAGGACCUGCUCGCGUUGCCCGAUACGCCAAAGGCCAAGGUACUCGAUGCCACCAACAGGUUCUACACUCUCAUCCCACAUGACUUUGGCAGGAACCCACCCAUCCUCAUUGACAACGUUGAGAUACUCACCGAGAAGAUUAGAAUGGUUGACGCUAUGGCCGACAUUGAGAUCGCCAACAAUCUGCGUCGUCUAUCCAUCAAGGCUGGAAACUCAUUGGACACCAACUACGCCAUCCUUGCCACAGACAUUCAGCCAGUCGAUAAGGGAUCAUCGCAGUUUGCCUUCUUGAAUGAUCUGGCACUCUCAACUUUGGACGGCGACAUGUCGGUCACCAUUGAGAACAUCUUCCAAGUCAACAGAAACGGAGAAGCAGAACGAUUCACUCAAUGGGAUCACAAUCCAAACAGAUCAUUCUUGUGGCAUGGAUCGAGGACGACCAACUGGAUUGGUAUCUUGGGACAGGGUCUCAGGAUCAGCCCAGCAGAGGCACCAAAGACUGGCCUCAGGUUCGGCAAGGGUGUCUACUUUGCCGACACGUUCAGUGUCUCAUUGGGCUACUGUGGAACCACUCCCAACUAUCCACAUGCAGUGUUGGCAUUCUCAGAGGUUGUUCUUGGAUCAUCUGAGGGAUUGUACGCUGACCAAUACAUGGAAAAGGCUUCCUUUGGAUAUCACAGCACCAAGGCACUUGGAAUGAGAGCACCUGCUCGCUACGAGGAUUAG